AUGAAAUUACUAGCUUUCAUUACAUUUGCAUCUGCUGUUAUGGCAAGAGUAGUUCUCAAGAACGAAAUUAAAGACCCCACACUCCACCCAAUCAAAAUUGUGGGCAAUAAAUUUUACAACAGUGGAACCAACGAACAAUUUUUUAUUAAAGGUAUCGCAUAUCAGAAAUCGCGUGAAGAAGGAGAAGUCUUUGACACAACAACCGAAACCAACUACAUUGAUCCAUUAGCCAACCCAUUUACAUGCUUACGUGAUUUAGACUUUUUGAAAGAGCUUGGUGUCAAUGUUGUGCGUAUUUACCAAAUCAACCCAAAUGCCAAUCAUGAUGUUUGCAUGGACGCUUUUGCAGAAGCUGGAAUCUAUAUCUUGGCAGACUUGUCUGAACCAUAUACAUCUAUCAGAAGAGACUUUCCCAGAUGGGAUACGGAGCUUUUGAGUCGCUAUCAGUCUGUGGUUGAUUCUUUGCAAGAGUAUAACAAUGUGUUGGGAUUCUUUGCUGGCAAUGAAGUGGCCAAUUCUCAACAGAAUAUCGAUGCAGUCCCUUUUGUAAGAAGUGCUGUUCGCGAUGUGAAGCAGUACAUUCAUGACAAAGGCUACAGAAAGAUUCCAGUAGGGUAUGCUUCUAAUGACGAUGCUUCUAUCCGAGCAAAUUUGGCCAACUAUUUUGUAUGUGAUCUCAAUGAUGAAUAUUCUCAGUCUGAUUUCUUUGCCAUCAACGUGUAUGAGUGGUGUGGAUACUCAACAUACAUGACAUCAGGAUACCGUGAAUUGACUGCCGUUUUCAACAAUUAUCCAGCUCCAGUAUUUUUCAGUGAAUUUGGCUGCAAUAUAAUUACGCCGCGCCCGUUUACAGAAGUUGAAGCGUUGUUUGGGUCAACAAUGAGAAAAACAUGGUCUGGAGGUAUUGCGUAUGAAUACUUUGAAGAGGUUAAUCACUAUGGGAUAGUCCUGAAUAAAAAAGAUGGUACAAUUUCGAAGUUGUCCGACUUUGAAACAUUAAAAACAAGGUUCAACGCAGUGAACCCUAUUGGCAUCCCUAUCGACGAAGUAAAGAGCCGACCAAGUUUAACAUGUGACAAGCCAUCAGAUACUUGGAAAGUAUCGCUCGAGCUACCACCAUCUCCCGAUGUUGGCAAAUGUGAGUGUUUGUGGCAAUCAUUGUCAUGCGUUGUUGUCGAUAAUGGGUCAUUCGAUGAAGAGGCUUUACUUAAAGACCUUUGCUUCAAAGUUGACUGCGAUGAGAUAAAUGCCAAUGGAAGAUUGGGAAAGUACGGGAAAUACAGCGAUUGCAAUCCGAUAAUCAGAGUAUCCUAUGCAUUGAAUAAAUACUAUGAACAGACGGGAAAAAGAAAAGAUAUAUGCACGUUUCAAGGUCGUGGUGAAAUUGCGGGGGGUUUUAACGACUUGAGUUCAAAAUUUGCCACAGAUGGUCGAAAUUGUCAAAGUUUAUUGGACAAGGUCCACAAUGAUUACAAUACUGAAGUCGUCGACCGCAAGUCAGAUGUGGAACCGGAUAAUGCAAGUAAUACAGAAGAAGAUGAACAGCUGACAGCGCCACUGGAAACACACGAUUACAAAAAGCCAAAAUCCACCAAAUCAAUAAAGAACCCUGGCACAAGUAAAUCCAAAAUCAUCAAAUGGCCCACCAAAAAAGAAACCUCAUCUGCAUCCACAAUAUCUCCACCUUUCCAACUUUUACUCAAACUCUUUUCAUAG